CCUGCCCAGGUGCCCUGACCCCAGCCUCCUCCCCAAAUCCUGCUGAGGAGUGGCCCACGUCGGGCCUUGCUCCGCACAGCCCCAGACUCGCAGCCCCGGGCCCAGGGCCUGCUGCCCUCGCCAUGGUGAAGCUGCUGCCGGCCCAGGAGGCGGCCAAGAUCUACCACACCAACUACGUGCGGAACUCGCGGGCCGUGGGCGUCAUGUGGGGCACGCUCACCAUCUGCUUCUCCGUGCUGGUCAUGGCCCUCUUCAUCCAGCCCUACUGGAUCGGCGACAGCGUCAACACGCCGCAGGCAGGCUACUUCGGCCUCUUCUCCUACUGCGUGGGCAACGUGCUAUCCUCCGAGCUCAUCUGCAAGGGCGGGCCCCUGGACUUCUCCUCCAUCCCCUCCAGAGCCUUCAAGACCGCCAUGUUCUUCGUGGCCUUGGCCAUGUUCCUCAUCAUUGGCUCCAUCAUCUGCUUCAGCCUGUUCUUCGUCUGCAACACGGCCACCGUCUACAAGAUCUGCGCGUGGAUGCAGCUGGCCGCUGCCACAGGCCUGAUGAUUGGCUGCCUGGUCUACCCGGAUGGCUGGGACUCAAGCGAGGUGCGGCGCAUGUGUGGAGAGCAGACGGGCAAGUACACGCUGGGCCAGUGCACCAUCCGCUGGGCCUUCAUGCUGGCCAUCCUCAGUAUCGGCGACGCCCUCAUCCUCUCCUUCCUGGCGUUCGUGCUGGGCUACCGGCAAGACAAGCUCCUCCCCGAUGACUACAAGGCGGACGGCAAAGAGGAAGUGUGAAGCGCUGGCGGCCGGUAUAUUUCCCAGACAAUGGAAAGUUACAGAAUCGAAUUCUUCAGAGUCCAGAUGCCUUCCAAGCUCCCUUGCUUCUGGCUACCACAGGCCAGAAGCCUUUCUUUUUUCUUUUUAAAGUUUUUUGCUAUAGGGUGUGUGUGGCUGUGUGAGCAAAAGAGAAAGAGGGAGU